GGGAGCCGCUCUGACAUAAGCAGGUGUCGCUUGGAAAAACCAAGGGCUCUCACAUGCCGCUGGGAAAGCAAUGCAGUAAGCGAUCCUCAUAUUGCAGCAGACGUGGUUCCCUGCGAUUAGUUAGCAGCGACUGGGGGAAGCCUGGCUGCUUUUGUGGCAGCAAAGAGAGCGAGAGGAAGGCAAUUUCCAGACCUGGACCGGUGUCAGAGCAGGAGGGAACCUCUCAUUGGUCCUCUGGGGUUCGGGAAGCAGCCAGAGGAAUUUCACCGCUCUGCAAGAUGCUCAGAGAUUGUGCAUCGCUUCUGCGCAUCGCAGGGGAGGGCUUGCUGCCUUGAUGCUCCUGGACUGAACAAGUUCUGAUAGGACUCCCAGCCUUCACCUCUCAACCUGACCCAGGGUGCAUGACAAGGAAACUUUCCUUACACAGCUGGAACCCACACUGCAGAUCAGGUGUAAAAUGAUGGUAGCAGUGGAAAUUAACCCUGAUGUGGAGAGACAUAAACAAUGGAAGAGCCAACACCCGAACCUGCCUUUGUUGAUGUGGACAAAGGACUAACCUUAGCAUGCUUUGUCUUCCUUUGCCUCUUCCUGAUUGUCAUGAUCAUCCGUUGCGCAAAAGUCAUCAUGGACCCUUACAGUGCCAUCCCGACGUCCACGUGGGAGGAGCAGCACCUGGAUGACUGAUGGGCCGCGGAGGCAAAGCGACAACAACAUGGACCAAGCCAGACGAGCACAAUGCGGAUGGUCGCCUCAUUGGGAGGAAGGCACAGAACAUUCUCCUGCUUUUCCAGGACGCACAGGACAAAUCGUGGUGACACUGAUGAGCGUUUCCUCCAGAUGUUCACGACGUGACCCUCUAACCUAUUUCUAUGUAGUGGCCUCCGGGGUUUAAAGAGGGAAAGGACUAUUAUGAUUGCGUGUCAAGUAGCACAAAAGCCCUAGCGGUGUCUUCCAAGCUUUUUCUAAUAUAUCCUCUAUGAAGCACCUUCUCUGUGUUUAAAUCAUUAUUCAUAAUUGAAAUGAGCAAUAGAUGCUAAAAUGUGUACAUGGCAAAUCUCUAGGAAUAGAUACCGGCAAGUAGACUGUAGGAAACAAGGGCAAAGGGUGCUGUGGUUGACACCAGUGCGGCUAUUUUGAAACAGAUUGGCAAUAAAAGUAUGCAAGGUU